AGGCUUGUUGUUAACGUAAGCGAUAUUCGACUGUUCUCUUAGUCUAUAUUUCACGUGUGAAAAUGGUGGGGAUCAUGGCGGCUGAUGAAUAUUCCUCUUACGAUAAUCGUAUUGAUAAUGGUUAUGAUUCUGAAGAAGAUUUUAUUGAUGAUACACAAUUUGAAGAUCCUGAAGGAUUUGUCGAUCCUAUGACAGAAGAAGAGUUAGUUGGGGAUAUCCUUGAACAACGACCAAAAGAAAGUGAUAGUCUUGAUACAGUUAUAAUUGUAGACAAUGUCCCAAUUGUUGGACCUGAUCGUCUUGAGAAACUUAAAAGUAUGAUUCAUAAAGUUUUUUCAAGCUUUGGAACCAUUGUGAAUGACUAUUAUCCAGAAGAAAAUGGAAAAACUAAAGGGUACAUUUUUCUUGAAUUUCCAAAAGCAGAAGAUGCAGCUAAUGCUAUUAAAACUGCCAAUGGGUACCGACUUGACAAAAAUCACACAUUUGCUGUUAAUUCCUUUAAUGAUUUUGAAAAAUACAAAGAUAUUUCAACUGACUGGGUUCCUCCAGAAAAACGAGUGUUUAACGAUUUUGGAAAUUUAAAAUCUUGGUUACUUGAACCAGAUAGUAAUGAUCAAUAUUCAAUGAUGACUGGAAAUGGGGAACGGGUUGUUAUUUUACAAAAUGGUCCAACUGCUCCAACAGUUAUUAAGCAAAGAGAUAACUGGACUGAGUCAUAUGUGAUGUGGUCACCUAAAGGAACUUAUAUGGCUACAAUUCAUAAGCAAGGUGUUGUUUUAUGGGGUGGUGAAGAAUUUGCAAGAAUCAACAGAUUUAAUCAUACUAAUGUUUCCCUGAUUGAUUUUUCACCAUGUGAACGGUAUUUAGUUACCUUUUCAGCCAAUCAUAUGAACAAUCAAGAACCUGCUAUUGUCAUUUGGGAUAUUUUGACUGGUAUGAAGAAGAGAGAUUUUGUUGCUGGUGGAACAUGGCCAGUUUUCAAAUGGAGUCCUGACGGUAGUAUGGUGGCAAGAUCUAAUGGAGAAAAUCUUAGUAUUUAUGAGUCACCUAAUUUUGUUCUACUUGAGAAAAAAAGCAUUAAAAUACCAGGUUUAAUGGACUUUUCAUGGUCACCUAAACAAAACAUAAUUGCUUAUUGGGUUCCUGAAGAUAAAGAUACUCCAGCAAGACUUUGCAUUAUGCAUUUACCUAGCAAAAAGGAGAUACGUGUUAAAAAUCUUUUUAAUGUUCAGGAUUGUAAAAUGUUUUGGCAAAAAAGUGGUGACUAUCUCUGUGUUAAAGUUGAAAGGCUUACAAAGAGUAAAAAGAGAAUAUAUUAUAACCUGGAAUUAUUCAGAAUGAAUGAAAAGAAUGUGCCUGUUGAUACAUUAGAGCUUAAAGAUACUAUUAGCACCUUUGAGUGGGAACCUACAGGUAAUAAAUUUUGCAUCAUACAUGGUGAAAGUCCUCGUAUUUCAGCAAGCUUUUAUCAAAUUGAGUCAUCUCAGCUUGGAAAUGUUACACUCAUCAAGCAAUUUGAAAACAAAUCAUGUAAUGCUAUAUCCUGGUGUCCAAAUGGACAAUUCUGUGUAUUAGCUGGUUUGAGAAAUUUAAAUGGUAGUCUGGAAUUCAUAGAUACAUCUGAUAUGACUAUUAUGAACUCAGGUGAACAUUUUAUGGCUAGUGAUAUUGAAUGGGAUCCCACUGGGCGAUAUUUUAUGAGUGGUGUAAGUUGGUGGACUCACAAAGUUGACAAUGGUUAUUUUAUUUGGUCUUUUCAAGGCAAAAUUUUGCAACGCCAUGUUUUGAAUCAAUUUAGCCAUUUUGCAUGGCGUCCUCGACCACCUACCCUUCUUACUGAAGCGGAUAUAGAAAGAGUUAAGAAGGGUUUGAAGAAAUACCAGAAGAUGUUUGAAAUUAAAGAUAGAAUGUCACAAACAAAAGCCUCAAAAGAACUUAUUGAAAAACGGCGCGCUUUACAUGAUCAUUUCUCUGGAUUUCGGAAACGCCAUGAUGAGACAUUUGAAGAUUACAAAAUGCUUAGACUUCAGUUACGAGAAGGUGUUGAUACAGAUAGUUUGGAAAGUCAGUAUGGCGACGUUGAGGAAGAAACAAUUGAGUUCUUUAUUCGAGAAGACAUCGAAAUUAUUGACACCAAAGAGGAGUGAAAAAAUAGCCUUGAAGUUAACUGAUCCCCGCCUAAAAUAUUACACCAUUUUGUGCUACUAUAUUUUCCUCUCGUUUUCUUCAUGUUUAUAUUCUGUAACUGCCAAAAUAUUUGUCCGAUGUCAAAUUUUACAAAUGAAUAUUUUUUUAAAUUGACAUUUGAUUAUUAUGAAGACGUUUUGGUGAUAAGGACUAAAUGGUAUUUGUGGCCGCCUUGGAAAAGGAGAAACAUUGAAUAAAGAUAAUUAGAGGGGAAAAAA